AUGGCCGAAGGAGAAGACCAGUCGCCAAUGCGCAAGAAGGCACGUGGAGAUGCCCCCCUCGACUCUCAGGACACACCCCCCACUGGUGUCAAGCGUGAAUACAGCUCGAUGAACGAUGAAGAAGCUCGUGUUACUCCUACAAUUCCUGGAGAUCCUGGCCAGAUCGCUCCGCUGGCUUCGCCAGAGCCUGCAAGACAUCUUGACCCGCUCCAAGCUGCGUUCGCAGAACCCCCUGGUGAUGUCGGAGUGGCACAGCUACAGGCUAUGCCUCCAACACCCGACCACAAUGCCCCUCGCAUGGCCCAGCCUGAGCCUCAGAGACCCGCAUUCGUGGCCGUCCCAAGCAGUAAUCUCAUCAUCCAUCAGGCUCAGAGCCACCUCGGCUACCGCUGGGUUCCACAAGCACAAGCACGAGGUUGGGACCCCGAUCGAAACAUUCACGUCACCAUCACCAACAUGAACCCAACUUCGAACUUCGCCACAUACACGGCUCGAUCAUCCCGCUCUAUGAACGGCCUUCUGCAUCAUUUCAGCGCCGUCGUUGAUGAUCUUCAAUUGGAAGUAACGAGUCUCAACAUGACCACAAGUACCUUCUUUGCUGUGAUCUGGACUCCUGCAAGUUGGGAACGGCUCGAGCUUUCCAUCCGCUUUUUCAUUUCCUGA